GAGGUUGGUCUGCCACUCAAAGCCGAAUACGUUAGGACGCAAGGAAACAUGCCCGCAUCGCAAACUGGAUUUGGCAACUUCUUCUUGGAGCGGAACAUCAACAUGCCCACUGGAUAUCAGAUCCCGGUGCUGGGGAGCGCACAUGGUGGACAACAGCAGCAGCAAGCUCAGCAUUUAGCGGCGAUGGCAGCUGGGAUUCCCAUAACAUACUCAGGACUACAGGCAUAUAACUUCAUCCCGUACCCGCAGCACAGGCACCUCGCACACAUGACCAAUGGUUUCGACCUGAAGGCCGCCUCACACUAUCAUCACGCGCUCCUGGCCCGUGGGACAACUUUCUACCCGCCAUAUCGUUCAGGAGUAGCAGAGGAUGUAGGCAGGGUCUCCAAAGUCGCCACACGAGAGAGCACCGGGGCGCUGAAGGCCUGGCUGAACGAGCACCUGAAGAACCCGUAUCCGACCAAGGGAGAGAAAAUCAUGCUCGCAAUCAUCACCAAAAUGAGUCUGACGCAAGUUUCCACCUGGUUCGCCAACGCACGGCGGCGACUGAAGAAGGAGAACAGGGUCAGCUGGGCGUCCAAGGGGAAAUCAGAUGAGGAGGAUGAAGAGCAGGAGGGUGAGAGCGAGGAUGACGACAGCCCUCUGCAGAAAUGUCAUUUGGAUGAGCGGGAUGAUGACGAUGAUGAUGACACAGAGCCUCAAAUCGAGCGUCCAGACACCGAUGAGCACGUGUCCACGAGUCCAGCACCUGUGGACGCGCGUCUGGAGAUGCCGGAGCAGCCGAAACGCAAGCUCGAAGACGCAGAUCUUGCACUCGUCCAAAAAGUCGACAAGAGCGGUUCUGGUCCGAGUAAACAGAACAUUUCCAGUCAAAAACCCAAAAUUUGGUCGUUGGCGGAGACCGCAACCUCAGACACUGUGAAGAAACCUGUGGACAGUAUUUAUCACUCAGCAGGGAAACUGUGGGCAGACUGGGCUUCAAGAAACGGACUGUUUGUUCCCUCGUGUUACAACACGCAUGAGAUUGUCUAAGUUGUGAAUUUAGACACAAACUAGAGACAUUUUCCCACAUCAGUUGCACUUUAAUCUUUCAGACCUCGGGGAUUUUCCUGAAGUUAUCAAUGAAAGUAAAAUAAUGUUCUUUCUGAGACCAAAGACGUUGAGUACUGUAAAUAAAUGUAAAUGUAUUUUUUUUCCACUAGAACGACCUGUAAAUUAUGUUUCUACCCAUUUUUUGUUGAAUCAUGAAGAAAUAUUUUUGCUUAAAUAAAGUCAAGCUUCUGCUGAUAA